UUCGUUAAUGUGGUGUGAAGUCAGUUAUUGGCACCAUUCUCUUACCUUGCUUUUUGUUUAAACUUUGGAUCGAUCCCAGCCGUUCACGCAACGCAAGGAACGUGAUGAUUACCAUUGUUCGCUUUCAAAGGAAACUUCUUCUCUCGAGCGACUAGUCAACGACAUGAUUCAAUCGUUAUUUGAAUGUUUGGAAUAAUGCAGUCGUUAACGGUCGAAUUCUUUGCUGUAAAUUGUUAAAGAGCACGCAAAAAUGGCUUCUAAAAGACCAUUGGUUAAACAAAAAGUGACUUAUGGCUUCUCGGAAGAUGGAAAUUUGUAUGAAAACGAAGACGAUAUCUCUGGCAAGCAAAGUUUAACAAAACGCGUUUCGUUUCACAAUCAUGAGCUGAGUGACUCAGAUUCGGAUGAAGAGAAUUCCCUCGGAAGGAUAAAUCGCUCAUCUUCAAAGCCUGCUGGGGAUUCCCUUGAUGGUCUUUUCAGGGAAUCGGACACUAAAGAAAAGGAAAGCCUUGUAGGGUUGGCAAAGGCAGCAUCCCCAGGAAGACCGAGAUCAAACGACAAGGGGCAACCCAGGCCUGUCCCAAGAUCUCGUCCAACUAUUUCAGUAAAAAAGUCGCAGUUGGAAGGUUAUUCUGUAACUUCUACUCAGCAGUCAUCAGAUGAAGAAGAAGGGAACAUGUACUCUGUAAAAAAAUCCAGUGAAACAAUUAAGACAAAGGACGGAUACCCAGUCCCACCUCCAAGAACUUCGCCAAGGCAGCAUUCAGAAAGGACUUCUUCAUCAAAUGUGGUUUCACCCAGACCUGUGCCACGAUCUAGGCCAGCUUUAUCCCCUAGAGAAGGACAAUCAAAAUUGUUUCAACAGGACUCUGGUUUAUUGAAAGAUGAUAUGAUCAGAAGAGUGAGAGAUAUUGAAGUUCCUGAAUUCAAAGAAUCUAAAAAAGCAGCAGAUAAACCUGUGGCUCCUUUGAGAAGGAAAAAGACUCUAGAGGAAACACAUGAAGGUACAAGACCUCAGAUUACCAAAACUAUUAUUUCCACUUUUGAGGAUGAAAGCCUGGCUCCAGGCAACAAUGGUGGGAGAGCAAUUGAACAAGAUGGGAACUUGAGACAUGGGAAAGUUAGAAAAGUCAAAGGUCGACCUAUGAUUUCAGGACCAAGGUCAGAUUCCUUUGAGGAAUUAGAAAGUGGAGAUGAUACAGAAAUAGUUAAUAACAGAAAAGGUUUCUAUGGCAGAGAGUAUCAUGAGGAAGAUAAAAGUUACCAAAGGGCUGUGACAGACUCUUCCGAAGGACUUGAAAGGGUGCCACCUAAACCUUCACCUCGAAAUCGCAAACAAAAUCAGCAAGAGGUAGAACAAAGUGCAAACCAUGUCAAGCAUUCAGAUGCCCCUUUAAUGAAAAAAGCAUCAAGUCUUGAGAUGUUGCAAUCCAAGCAGAAUUCAUUUUCAGAGAAAGACAUGCAUGUAUCUGUGCCCAAAGAAAGAGGAACUCAGAGAUUGGAGUUGAAAAAGAGCCUUACCCCAAAGAGACCUGUUAGUGCUAAAAAGAGCUCUUGGAUGGGCCAAGAAAGGGUCCAAUCUGAUAUAACAGACACUUUUGAAGAGCAUGUCCCUCCAGCAGAAAACAUUAUCAUGGGAAACCAAAAUGAAAGAAGCUCCAGAAUGAAAAGAGGAUCAGAGUUUGAAUCAGGUGGUGGUAAAGGAAGAUCUGGACCGUUAAAGGCUAAUCAUCUUAUUAGCCAAGUGGUGAGAUCGCCACUCCCAAGAGAAACACAAACAGAUGUUUGGGCAGAAACCAGUGGUGUAAGUCAUGGUCAGAAUCUUACAACAAAGAGAUCCUUGUCAUUGACAAAUUUGAGAGGUACCAGCCCAGAGCUUUUAAGUGAGAGUGGAAGUGCAAGGAGCUCACAACACAGCAGCUUGAUGGAUACAACAUCAAUACGUCAGGCCGUGUUUGAUGAGUGGAAGUCAAAGAAAAGUGAAAGAUUGAGAGAGCAAAUGGCCAGCAAGUCUGCUGAGAAGAAAAAACUUGAAGAGAAGGAAAAAGAGGAACGUCAACGAAAAAAAGAUGCAAAGAUGGCUUUUGAAUCUUGGAAUGAAAAGAAACAAGAAGUAAACAAAGAAAAAAAUGCCAAGAAAAAGGAAAUAAUGAAUAAAGAACUGGAAAAGCAAAAAGAACAAAACAUUAGAGCAAGAGAUGCAAAAAAAUACUUCGAAUCCUGGAAGGCAAAGAAAGAUGAAGAACUUAAAAAGGAACAUCAUAAGAAGAAAGAGGAAGAAGUUAACAAGAUAAAGAAAAAUGAAGAAGAACAAAAGGAGAAAACUGUUGAUUCACAAAAAGCAUUUGACAACUGGAAAAAGGAAAAAGAUAAAAAGCUCACUGAAGAGUACAAGAAAAAAAGAAGGGAGGUAAAUAAUAACAGCAUGAAAGAAGAGGAAGAAAAGUAUGAGAGAAGCAUUCAGUGUGCUGAGCGUUAUCAGGCCUGGGUGGAAAAGAAAGGGAAACCACGCAGAGGACCACCUCCACCUACACUGACACAGAGGAGCUGGUGCCCAAGUGGCAGGAAGUCAGGCAACUGUAUUCCUGGGAAGGUAGGAGCUGUGAUUCAAGCUCCUUCUCCCAACAGAUCACGAACAAUGUCAGGAUCUUACUACUUCAAGCCAAACAAGUUUUGAUGCUGGGGAUAAUGCAGUUUCUUGGACUUCACUACCAUGAUGAUAUUUGGAAUUUCAAAUCCAACAGAAAAUUAGGGUUUCUUAUUUAAAUUCAAUUAAUUUUGACUGAUAUAUGUAUUUAUUAACUAAAAGGUUUUCUAGAUGUUUUUUAUUUUCACUCCAACUUAAUCAUUCAAUUGCUUCAUGAUAAGCUUAGGAGGAAAGUCUAGUUUACCUUCACACAAAUCAAAGACGCAAUAAUCUCAAAUUACUUAUAAAAAUUUUUAUUAGUUUAGCCAUUGGAUUCUUAAGAUCGUGAAAAUAGUUAGUAAAGAAUGUCAAGUAACAAGUGAGGGUAUUAUUUUUGUCUGAGUAAAAGCUCCUGGGGAAUGAAAAGAAAAAAUGACUGCAGAAAUUUCCAAGUACAUCGUAUGAAUACUAAAUGCUUGUUUUACCUUACACUUAACACCUUUCAGUAAAAAAUAUUUAAUUCAAUGUAAACUUGCAAUACAAAUUCUGAAGGAGUUUUAACUAUUUUAAAUGACACAUUUCAAUUCUUGAGUAGGACUUCUGCCCAAUUUUUUCAGAGUUUAUUGUUAGUGUUAGUUAGACCAGUAAGAUCUUCAUUGAAUUGAGAACUGUCUAACAGUAAAAACAUAGUAUUCAUACAAAAGCCUAGGGUGUUACUGUAAAUGACAAAUUUAGUUAUGUAAAGAAAUGAAGCCUCAAAUGACAUCUGUA